AAAAACAUAUCUCACCCCUGGAAUCACGCAGUUCGCGAUAUAUCGUAUACUAUAGUCUAUACAUAUAUGAGUGUAGUGAAUUAGCUUCAAUCCUCACACCAUACAAAAUUUCCUCUUCUCUGAUCAGCUAAUUUUUUGUUGAACUUUUCUAUAUACAAACAUAGUGUUAUUGAUUGACGCUUAAAUGUUAAAUACAAGUUGUUUGCAAACUCAUUUUGUUUAACCGAAAAGUUGUAUAUACAGAAUUACAAAUAUACAUAUACUUUGUUUUGUAUUAUUGGAAGGUGAAGAGAGUGAGAUGUUGGAUCUCAAUGUAAAUGUAAUCUACGAUGAGAAUUACAUCGUUGACGAGAAGCUUCCGGAAGGUUCUGUAGCUGAUCAUGAAUCAGGGACGUCCAAUUCAUCAUCGUUACGAAAUGCGGAGGCUACAAGCAGUGCCGGAGGCGACGACGACACGUGUUCAACACGCGCCGGCAACUUGUUCGCAUUCAAUUUCGACAUCCUCAAAUUUGGAGGAGUUGAUACAACUAGCAGGAGCAACAAGUUUGUGACUCGGCAGCUGUUUCCGGUUCAUGACGGAGAGUUGAACCGGCCAGGACAGACCGAUCGGGUCAAUUUCUCCUCCGGUCGAUCCGGUUUUGGAGACGAGCGAACAGUACUACAACAACAACAACAACCGCAGCAAGAGAAACCGCAAGUGAAGAAGAGUAGGAGAGGGCCAAGGUCCAGAAGUUCACAGUACAGAGGCGUUACUUUUUACAGAAGAACUGGUAGAUGGGAAUCACAUAUUUGGGACUGUGGAAAACAAGUAUAUUUAGGUGGUUUUGAUACUGCUCAUACAGCAGCAAGGGCGUAUGACAGAGCUGCAAUUAAGUUCCGGGGUGUUGAUGCUGAUAUCAACUUUAGCAUAAGUGAUUACGAGGAGGAUAUGAAACAGAUGAAAGACCUUGGUAAAGAGGAAUUUGUGCACUUGCUGCGACGCCAUAGCAAUGGUUUCUCAAGAGGGAGCUCCAAAUUCAGAGGAGUAACGCUACAUAAAUGUGGCAGAUGGGAAGCUCGGAUGGGACAGUUUCUCGGAAAAAAGUAUAUGUAUCUUGGGCUAUUCGACAGUGAAGUAGAAGCUGCAAGGGCUUAUGAUAAGGCGGCAAUCAAAACUAAUGGUAGGGAGGCUGUUACCAACUUUGAGCCAAGUGCAUAUGAAGGGGAAACAAUCUCUGAACCUCAAGGUCGCCAACAUGAUCUUGAUCUGAACUUGGGGAUGUCGACCUCUUCUUCAAAGGAAAAUGACAAGUUGGGAGGCUCCUACUAUCAUCCUUAUGAUAUGCAAGAUGCAACGAAAUCAAAGAUGGAUAAACCUGGUCCAGUAAUAGUUGGAAGUUCACAUCUCAAGGGACUACCAAUGACGUCCAAACAAGCUCACUUGUGGAGUGGAGCUUCUUCUAAUUUCUCUCCCACCUACGAGGGAAGAGCAUCUGACAAGAGAAAGGAUAUAGGUUCAUCACAAGGACCAUCUAACUGGGCACUGCAAAUGCCCAGUCAGGUUGAUACAGCCCCAGUGUCAAUGUUCUACACUGCAGCAUCAUCAGGAUUCUUAACUCCGGCUACUGCUUUUAUCACUUCUUCAGCAUCUCCGGUGGCACCCUCAACAAAUGCGUCUCAAUACUAUUACCAGUUCAGCCCCCACGUACCACCUCCAUAACAUGUCUUCCUCGCAUGGCUAUAGGAUACAUCUGUGUUUUUCUUGCUGCCUUACUGUUAUGACCUUUGGUGCAAAGUUCCAUUAUUGAUCGAAUUAUAUCAUAAACAUAUACUGUAUAACAGAAUCAUUCUUCCACGGACUCCGUAGUGCUGGAGAUAUGGUCAGUGGAAGUGCUAAAUCCGAACAGGUUUAGAAGGGCACAUGUACAGUUCCAUCAGCACCUCCUUUUUGCUGUUUCAUUUAAAAAGAAAACUGAUUUUUGUCACAUUGAAGUAGUAACUUUUUUUUUAAGGGAUUGAAUUAGUAACUUAUGAACCUUUUUUUUUUU